AUGCAGCCCCGUCUUGAACGUCUCCAGCCCAUGCUCGGCAACCCUCUCUUCGAGAGCAUUCUCUGGGGCCAUGAAUACGACCUCUCCAGACUCAACACCGAUCUCCGCCAGAGGAUCGAAUCCGGCCAGUUCAAGCGUCUUGUCUUUUACGGCAUGGGCUGCUCCUCUGUCGUCUCAGACAUCGUAAAGGGCUUCUUCCUCAACGAGAAGAUCCCCCUCCACGUUCAGGUCAUCAACGACUACGACCUUGACUGGUUCGUUGACCGCAAUGUCAUGAAGGACCCCACUACGCUUGCUAUCAUUGUCUGCUACAGUGGUUGGUCUGUUGAGCCUUGUCUGUUCUUUGAAACUAUGCGUGAGAUGACGGGGAACAAGAACUUGAUUGUUCUUUCUGGCGGCGGAAAAAUUGCUCAUCUGUGUGAGGAGCACAAUACCUCUAUCAUCUUAUACAAGCUCCGCCAUGCAGAUCGCGAGUAUCCUCUGUACCAUGUCCAGCAGUUCUUCUCCAUCUUCCUGGAUCUCUUCCACAAGCUCAAGCUCACGCCUUCUUCUUACCAUAAAGAACUCCAGGAUUCAGCUAUUGCGGAGAGGUUAAAGAACAGUCGCAUCGCGCUGCUUAGUACCGCUGAUUGGUACGUCACGCUUCUUAAGCAGACGACUAUGUUCUUUAAUGAAAUCGCCAUGGUUCCUACGCACCGCAACCUCCUACACGAGUUCUCUCACACCGAAGUCGCGGCUUAUUCCAACCCCUCUGAGAAGCAAGCCAUCAUUACAUUCCUUGACUCCAACGCAGAUCAAUACACCAAGGACAAGGUCAAAACCCUCGAGGGUCUAUUCGGCAGCAAGGACAUUCCGCAGAACAAAAACAUUGAGUUCAUCAACAUCGACCUCAACCAGGACAACUUCUUCAGGAAGUUCUUCUACGGACACUUUUUCACCGUCUACGUGGCGUACUACUUGGGUAUUCACUCCGACGUGGAGGGACGAGAUUUGAUUUCGAUUGCGGCGAAGAACCCGUGGUGGAGCCAGCGCAAUAUUGAACUGCACCCCAAGUGUGUUGAUAUCCCCGCUGAGCUCAAGGGCUAG